UAUCGAAUAGGGAUUGUAUUUUAAUCUUCAGUGUAUAUAUAUUUGGCUACUUAUACAACAAAAUGAAUGACUCUUUCGACUCGAAUGCACCUGAACCCAGAAAAAUUGGUGUUUGGACGGAAGGGCCGCCUGUUGAGGCCCGUAAUUAUGUUAUGCCUAAGAAAUCGUCCGAAUCAAUCGAUGACAUCCCGACUAUACCGGAUUUGGAUGACCUGCAAGAUAUUCUAGAGAAAGAAAUAUCUAAACCGCCUGUACCUGAUCAUCAAGACACUGAAACAGUUAAUACACUAGCCGAAGUAGGUGUCAGUGGUUCUGUAGAGGGAAUUGAUGCAGCAUUAGAUGUGCUCAAGUCUUUUAUUCCCGAGGCAGAGUCAGAUACAGCUGAUACAGUGUGGACAAUAGAUUCGUUGUUAACUCAACUUGCUGAAGAAGAAGAAAAUACUGCCUCCUAAACAUAUAAUUCCAGUACAUUUGCCUUGCGAUUGAUUUAAUUUGCCAAAACUCCUAUUUUUUUAUCAUGCAAUUUAUGAAAUUAUUGUUAACAAUAUAUCAUAGUACCAUUUCAGUAUGUUUAUAUAUUAUAUUUAAUACA